UUGGGGAGUGUUCCAGGGUCGCACUCACCAAGGUUGGUACGAGGAGGUAUAAAACAUAAUGGAAGGUACUGGGGGGCAGUAGUCAUAGUUUGCCACUAAAGCGGUAGACUUGCACAGUACCACACGAUCAACAUGUUCAGAUUAGUACUUUUGGCGUCUGCUGUGGUAGCUGUCCUCGGACAGAAUUACCAUGGUGAUCCAAGGACGGCGGCCAUCUUAGCUGAACAGAGGUAUUUGAGCAACGACGGCAAGUUUGGCGCCCAAUAUUCCCAGGAAGACGGUGUCGAAUUUAAAGAAGAAAGUGAUCCAGAUGGUACUCGUCGCGGAACCUACUCCUACGUCGAUCCAAACGGUCAAAGACACACCGUGAGCUACACAGCUGGUAAACACGGAUUCCAAGCUUCCGGAGAUGGUAUUCCACAACCAUUACCCACUACUUUGCCAGUAGCUCCACAACCACAAUACCAACCACUGCCUCAAUACAAUCCACCACCGCAGAACAACUACCAACCACAGCCACAAUACAGACCACAACCUCAAUAUCAAGCUCAGCAACAACCACAAUACCAACCACAACCUCAGUAUCAGCCACAACCUCAAUACCAACCGCAACCCCAGUAUCAACCACAACCUCAGUACAGACCACAAGCCACCUACUCCACCACCCCAGCUCCACACAGGUUCUACCCACCUGGCAAGCUCUCCCUCAACAGAUCUCCUGACGGUUUCAGCUUUAGCUUCCAAAAAUCUUAGACUUAUUAGGCUGAAUUAAUUGUUUGUAUAUAUGAUAAUUUAUGAAUUUUAGGAAUAUCCAUCUGCUCAAGCAAAAUAUUAUUUUUAAUACAUCUUCGAGAGCUCUCAUUACAUCAAUUUUGUAUGUAGGUAUAUUGCUUGAGUAAACGGAUAAGGACUUAAAGUAAUUCUAAUGUAAAAUUGAUGCAUGCCAUAUGUCACAGUUCCCUUUUUUUACUCUUGUACUGUAAUCAUAACAGCUUGUAUGUUCUUUGUGGUUGUUUCAAGACAGAUCUGUUUUAAAUAGCUGUAUAAAUGUGAUGAUAGUUUAGGAUCUGACUGAAAACUUGUAAUAAAAAAACUUUAAAACCA